UGUUCUCUGGCUGUGCCGUGAUGUUUAGUUUGAUUCUAAUAUAAAAAGUGAGUUAGCCUGCACCUCGAAAGUGAAAGCAAGCUGCACACAAAAAGUCAGGAAGUGCUCCGGGUGUGGUGAGGAGAUGGCUGACACACUGCAGUUCGGGAGCUGGACCCAGGACGUGAGCUGCCCCCUCUGCCGGGGUCUGUUCGCCGAUCCAGUCGCCCUGGAGUGCGGGCACAAUUUCUGCUGCUCCUGCAUCACUGGGCUGUGGGAGCGGGAGGCCAGGAACUCCUGCCCGGAGUGCAGACGGGAAUUCCCCCAGAGGAAGCUGACGGUGAACCGGUGCUUGGCCAACCUGGCGGAGAGGGCGAGGAGGCUGAGGCUGGAGCCCGGCUCCAGGGGCGCCAAGCCUUGGUGCGUGGAGCACCAGGAAGCGGUGAAACUCUUCUGCGAAACCGACCUGACACUGAUCUGCUACACUUGCAGGGAGUCCCGCGCCCACAGGUCGCACAGUUUCACCCCCCUCAAUGAGGCGGUGGAAACAUUCAAGGAGCAGCUGGGAGCUUCUCUCCAGUCUCUCACCGAGAAGAGGCAGCUGUUUGCAGAGACAGAACUGAAGCAGAUCCGUCACAUCUCUGAAGUGAAGGAUCAGGAGAGCAGUCUGCAGACCCACAUCACAGCCCAGUUCGCUAAACUGCACCAGAUUCUCACUGAGAAAGGGCACUGUUUACUCAGAGAGCUCAGGGGAGAGGAGGACUCUAGAUAA